AUGGCGUGGUCUGCUAUAAAGUGCAGACAAUUGGAGGAUGGUUUUGGUUCAUUUGAGUUUCAGUUUCAGACCCAGAAGAGGAUAAGGUCUUCUAGGGUUUCUGAGAAUGUAGCCGUUGAGGAAAAGUCGACCGUUGGUCUUCCUCUGCGCAAGGGUCUGGCUUCGUUUGCUACAAAAAAUGCCGACCCUGAAUCAAAAGAUCUGGGUUUUGAUGAAAUCUGUCAGACCCAGAAGAGGAAGAGGUCCUUUAGGGUUUUUGAGACCCAACGGAAUGUAGCUGUUGAAAAAAAGUCGACUGUUGGUCUUCCUCUGUGCAUGGGUUUGGCUUCGUCUGCUACAAAAAAUGCCAACCCGGAAUCAGAAGAGGGUUUUGAUGAAAUCUGUCAAACCCAGAAGAGGAAGAGGUCUUCUAGGGUUUCUGAGACCCAACGGAAGGAAAAGUCGACUGUUGGUCUUCCUCUGCGCAAACUCAAAGGUUUGGUUUCGUCUGCUUCAAAAGAGACGUUGGAUUGUUCCAAAGUCUUGGAUUCUCUGAUGAACCUCGGCCAUGCGAGCUACUUCAACAAGCCUGUUGUUGAUCCUGUGGCUGAGAAUUUACCGGGUUAUUUCGACGAAAUCUGGAGACUGAUGGAUUUGGGUACUGUGAAAUCGAAAUUGGAGAAGGGUGUCUACUCCAGCGCUGAUGGCUUUGCUGCUGAUGUCAAGCUUAUCUUCUCAAACGCCUUCGGAUAUUUCCCCCUUGGGAGUAGAAAUCGUGCAGUAGCCAAGCAUCUAAGUGGGAUUUUUGAGACCCAGUGGAAAGAAGCCGAGGAGAAAAUGUCAAAGACUGCUUGUCCUCCUCCUACUCCUCCUUUGCCCAAACGGAGACCAAAUGGCAAGAGCUCUUCUACUUGUAGGGUUCUUAUACAAAGUCAAGAGGUUGUUGGGGUUUCUGAUUCUCACUUAGUUAAGUCAACCAAAGAUGAUGACUUGGGCACCCUUGUUCAUCAUGCCAUGUAUCAAGCCACAGACAAUCUUUCUCCAUGGAAGGUGUUUAUACCAAAAUGA